UCGGAGCUGGGAUGUACCCAGGUGCUGUCUCUCAGUACAACAUUCGAACGCUGCGAGGACAUAGGAAUACAUUUCUACAGCUCUGCUAUUUGUCUCUGAUACAGCAUCAUGGUUUCUCUUAACCUGUAGACCUUUUCCCUUAUCUAGCCAAACAGGAAUUUAAUACAAUUGUGAAACACAUGAAGCUUACUUUCAGGGUGGAACCUUUCUUGCCUCAGGAAAAGCUGCAGCAGCAGGUGACAGAAGGCUCUACAGAUAUUGUUUUUUUGUAAUUUGCAGGUUAUCACAUUUACUUCUCAAAAUGAUAAGGUACAGUUCUGCAUCUGGCACUACAGUCACCACCACUGAUAGCUUGGACCAAGCCAGAAGUAGGGCUGUCCGCACCAUGCGACUGACUCUCCAGACUCACGACUCUUCCCCGGUAAAGGAUGGGGCCACGAAGAAAGGAAAAACAGACAAUGAAGAGAAGCCAGCCACCCCGACCAGGAGAAGGAAGUAUGGACAUGUCCACAGUGAGAGAAAGGCCAUCAUUGAGACACCCGUACUGCAUCUCUCCAGUAUGUCGAAUGGAGCCCCGUCAGAGCCCCACAAGAGGGGCAUGGUCUAUGGGGUGGUACACAGGCCCGACGCAGACAGCCAGAGGGAAGUAGUGGUCUGUGAGUGGUCAGCCAAUCAGAUGAAAGAGGAGAUGAACUACAUCAAAGAGGUGAGAAUUUCCUUGGAGAAGGUUAGAGAGAGAAUGUAUGGAGAAUUUGGAGGAAUACAGCAGAAAAUGCAACAGCUUUCACAGGACAUAAGAGUUGCGAAUUCACAGCAGCAGUCCUUGCUGUCUGAAGUGAAGGUGAAGACAGCAGCACUUGAAAGCUACGACCAGAUGAGCAGCUCGCUCACAUCGGCGUCAAUUGAUUUGCAGAAGUCCCUCGUGGACAGCAGCUUGGAGAGGAACGACAUGAGACAGGAGAUGAAGAGUCUGAAGGAGUCCUAUGACAAUACUGUGGAGAAACUGAAAGAAAAGGAGAGACAGCUGGAGGUAGCCCAGGCAGAAAACGAGACCCUGAAACUCAAGGUAGAAUCCUCCCAAGAGGCGAAUUCUCAGGUGCUCCAAGAUAUGACCAGAAAACUUUACAAUGAAUAUGAAGACAAACUGGGAGAGGAGCACCGCAUACACAGGAAAAAACUGGAGGCUCUUCAGGCCCAAGCCAAUGAAUAUAUUAGGCAGAUUCAGGAGGCCAAUGAGAAGGUGAGAAUAGCAGAGGAGAAGAUUAAUGACAAAGACCAAAGGAUUGGUGAACUAGAUCGGCUCAUCCUCUGCAUGGGAGAGGAGCAAAGCCAACUUCAGAGGCGCUUACAAGAAAAUGAGCAGCAGAGAGAGAGACUGAGACAGACAGAUGAGAUUGACGGGUCAGAGAAAAGCAGGAGGUCCCAGCUGCUGGAGGAGGAGGCUUCUAGUCUGAGGGAACGAAUCAAACACCUGGAUGACUUGGUCCACAACCAGCAGAGGAAAGUCAAGCAGAUGAUUGGGGAGAUUGAAAAUUUGAAGAGACAGAUUGAGCAAAAAGACAUGUGUAUAGAACAACUACUGGAAAGAGUAUCAGUUGUGGACUGUGAGAAUAAGGAGUUGCAAGACAAACUGAAUUAUUUGAUGUCUCUUAAUAAUACACCAAGAGCUCGUGUGGAAACUAGGGAAACUGGAGUUGAAUGUGAUCUCCCUUACAGCACACAAACACAAGCACAGCUGCAAGCCCAGGCACAAGAACCAACACAAAGAGCACUAAAGUACCCAGCAAGGACAUACACACCGUACAUGAGACUCAUGGAACUCACAGGAAAGACUCCACAGCAAUGAACAUGUGGUUCUUCCAAGACUGUUAUCCUCAACUGCACUGAACUAUUGCUUUAAAUAUUAUAUAUACAUGUGUUUACCUUGGUUUACUAACAGUUAGAUAAUUCUGACUUUUUGAUAAAUAUAACACACCUAUUUUGAUGCAGGGCAAGACACUUUGAUUAUAUAUCUUUAAAAAGUUGAUUGCAUUCAAAUUGAGUGCCAUCAAAAUAUAAGCAAAGUGAAACUGUCUUAGAGCUCUGUUUUAAUGAUCCAAAUCACAUCAGCUGUUGAUAUGCUGCCUCUUUCUGGAUUAUUAAAAUAGUACCCUUUGUGCACCAAGGUAUUAUAACAGGUCACCAAAGGGCCAUGUCUGAGAAUAUAUGUGUUUAUCAUUAUUUAUAUGGGGAAUUAAACUUAACGUGGCAGUUACCUUAAUAUUUGGCUUUGCAAUCCAAAGACACAGAAAUGAUCUUGCCAGCUUGACUGGCUAAAGUACCUCUAAGUUGCAUUUGAAGUAAUAUUUCAGUGGAGCUCAACAUAUUUUAAUUGUAGUUUGCUGCUUCAAAUGGUUUCCAGGUUCAUGUUUCACACAACCCUAAUCUUCAUCCAGCUUGACAGUGUAAACCUAGGAGUUUUUCAGAAAUUACUUUUUUUAACCAUAAAAAAAAAAAUAAAUAAAUAAAUAAAUAAAUAAAUAAAUAAAUACUCUAGUCCCUGUUUGAAGCCCCUGUAUUUUACGAAAGCAUGUGACUCUGGUAUAGAAAUUGCAAUAGUAUAAUUAAUUUGUAUCUAGGCAGAAAAGAUAGGUGGAAGUAGCAAUGGAAUCAUGUUUUAAAGAGUGUAGCUACAGUAUUCAAUCAUAAGUCAAAAUACUCCUUAAAGUACUUUAAAGGGAAAGCUAUUUUAGCCUUAAUACUGGUAUCUGAUACUGGUAUUGUUUCAGCAAUAUGAUAUCCAUGUUUUCAGUUUGAAGCAGAAAAUGUUUAAUUGAUGCUUUCCAAAACAACAUUAAGUAUAACCUCAUGCAAUACGAAUAUUAACAUAAUGUUGAAUGACAUCUGCAUUUUUGUACAGUAACAGUUAUGUUGACAUUGAUAACAAUAUUUAUAUUUAAUACGGUAUACCUCUCACAAGAUUAAACUUAACUUGUAACCAGUAUUUUUUUUUUUUUACUUUACAAUA